CCUGCCCCGAAUUAUCCUCGUUCAGUAAUGGAAACAGAGAAGCUAGUAAAUUCUAAAUUGUUUGGUUUCGAAAUGGGCUGCCUUAGAGGGAGAGGGUUUGUCCAAUGUUAAUAGGCGGAGGUGAAGCCACUCCUGGAUGUGGAAAUAACAGAGGGAGAAAGAGAGCGUUUCUUCCCCCACCCUGUAUAUAUAAAGAAAACACACAGGGCUUCAUAAAGAAAUUAGCUUCAAGAUGGCGAAAGCGUACGAUUAUCUGUUCAAACUGCUGCUAAUCGGAGACAGUGGGGUAGGAAAGACUUGUCUCAUCAUCCGCUUCGCCGAUGACAACUUUAACAGCACUUACAUUUCUACCAUUGGCAUUGACUUUAAGAUCAAAACCAUAGAUGUCGGUGGGAAGAAGAUCAAAUUGCAGGUCUGGGACACAGCCGGACAGGAAAGGUUUAAAACCAUCACAACUGCAUAUUACAGAGGAGCAAUGGGCAUCAUACUGGUCUACGACAUCACGGAUGAGAAGUCCUUUGAAAACAUCCAGAACUGGAUGAAGAGCAUUAAAGAGAAUGCCUCCGCGACUGUAGAGCGGAUGUUACUGGGAAACAAGUGCGACAUGGAAAAUAAACGGAAGGUGCCCAAGGAUAAGGCGGAGAAGCUGGCCAAGGAUCACGGGAUUCGAUUCUUUGAAACGAGCGCCAAGUCGAGCUUGAACGUGGAAGAGGCUUUCCAGUCCCUGGCUCACGACAUAUUGAUAAAGUCGAGCAAGAAGUCGGGCAUCGGUUCUCCGGGCUCCAAGGCUCCGCUGGACAGUCCGCAGAAGACCAGUUCCUCCAAGUGCUCCUUGAUUUAAACCUAGUAACCCCGCAGACACCACAGAGCUUCAGAACCGCCUGACUGACCGUCUGCGGAUAACUUAUUGAAUUCAGCCCUCUGGACCUGUCUGUGUGGGAUGGAUCAGUCAAAUCACUCUGACAUCUCAUGGUUUGUGUUCACUCCAAUCCAAUCCAUCCCACUGUCUCCCCUCUCCAACCAUGGGUUACUCUGCAUCCUCUCUACCUCCUUUCCCCUUUUUUUCCUCUUUUUCUCUCUCCCUCUUCUCUCCCUCUCUCUUUUUCUCUCAUUUUGCCUCUCUUUUUCUCUCAUUUUGCCUCUUUUUUUUUGCCCUCACUGGCAUUUCCCCCAAUAGCUCGACGUACCCAGUCUGGAAAACAGUGUCUAACCUUUGCUUUGCUCUAUGUUCUUUCAUCAUCUCUGGAUACCACUGUAAUUGGGGACCAAAGGGAGUGAGGCUGGAAGGAGGAUUGGGAGUCUCCACUCGUCUUCUACAAGAGGCCCACACCAGGGAGGGGAGAUGGGGGUUGGACACGAGCUGUGCAUCAGAUCUGCGAUGUUUCUACCAAUGUAUUAUGCAGUGCAGUGUUACAAACUUUUUUACGUUAUUGCAUUCUGAAGAGCGAGACUUCCUUCAUCCUUUGAGGUACUUGGCAGGAAAACAGUGGAGCUUCCCAUCUGCCUACUUUGAAAUUCCCAGUCCCCGUGCGAGCAGAGUGAAUACUUCUGGUCACACUGGGAUGGAAGGUGAUUCUACUCCAAUAUCACCCCCCUCCCUCCAAACACUUCAACAUUAAACUAGAAUGGAGGAAGAUCCUGGGAGGUUGAUAGGCCAAUACCAAUCAAAGGCCAAUGCACCAGUCUUUCCUCCCUCUUCCCCCACGCACAACUUCAUGUGAUGUGCCUCAUCCAGUGUCCUAAUGUAUCAGCUAAUGCCAGAAGCACCAACAGUUCGGGGAGACGUGAGGUUUCCCUGAAUUCAUGGGAGACUCGACCUGGGGAACUGGCAAUGGACCCAGUCCCCUCGCCACCUGGGAUUACCCCUGCAGGCCAACGGCAGCUCUGAUUUGCAUUUGACUGACUCCUCCAGAUGGGACACUUGUAUUGGGUUGGAGGAGAGGGAUAGGACAGGCUUCCAAUGAGGACCGGAUUGUGCCUCCCCGUUCAACGAUAGCCACCGGCUGGCUCUAACGCCUCUGGAUUGUGGGUUCGAACCCCACUGCCGAGAGAUGUGAGCAAAAGAAUCCAGGUUGACUCCUGGGACCACAGUCUUCCAGGAUUGGACUGAGUACCACCUGCACUCUCCCAGGAGAACAUAAGAAAACUCCCCAUAUCUAUUGGAAGUUGUCCACUGGGUUCCCUUCCCCCCCCCCCACCCACCCGACAGCCAUCACUUGAAAACACCUUGCUGUGUGGGAUCUUGCUGUGCAUCAGUGGGUUGGCCGUGGAACACUUUGGGAGGUCCCCGGGGAUGCUAUGCCAACACAGGCCUUUCUUCCUAGCACCAGCAUUGCCAUCUAAGGGGCCGGGGGGGGGGCGGAGGAGGUGGAGCCAAGAGAAGCUUGUGGCGGCUCUGGUUUAAGGUGCGGAGAAACGUUGGAUUUAUAGUUGGCCGUUUUGGGGGGGCAGGAAAGGUUCUGGUGAAGCGUCCUCCCGAUAGGAGGUGGGGCUGGCGGACGAGCUGGGGGUGAAUGUGGUUGGAGCAUACUGAGGACGGCCAAUAGUCCGCAACAGGGGAAGUGGGGUGUUGUAUAUUGCACACUUUCCUCCCCAGGGCUGGUGGAAAAUGAGUAGUGGUGCGUCCACUUGCAAUCUCCCCUCGGAGGCACUGAUCAAGAAAGGUCCUGUAAACAAAGGUAACAGGAGGACACCAUUUAGUUCCAAUUCCACCACACCAUCUUAUCCUCUACCUCAUCCCCCUUCAGUCUCCCGGUCACCCAAGACUCCUGACCCUGGGCAAGCCUCUGGUCCCAAUUGCUCUCCUGCCAUUGGCCGGCCUGCCUGUCACUCUUGCGACCGAUGCGGCUAAUCGGUGGGUCAUCUCUGCAGGCGAUUGGUCAGUCCCGCCGUCAGUCAUCCAGGUGGUUGCAGCUUUUGACCUGUGGAGGGUGCAGCUCGGAAGCCAGUUGUCUGCUGCUGAGGGCUGCACAAAGGAGAUGAGACUGAGGUCUGCCCUACACCUUGGACCAGUGGGGGCACCUCCUGGCCUCUUGUGAACCAGGGCAGCCUCCUUGGGAACCUGGGAAACAUUGGCAAGGUCCUGUUGACUACUACAAAGGCAUUGGGUAGAGAUGGUCCAGAGGUAUGACUUGGUAACAGCAAUGUAAUGGUUCUGGACAGGUGCAGGUGUGAGGAGAGAUGUAGAUAGCACCACUGUUAGUUCUUUUCCCUUGAUCGAAACAUGUUGGCAUUUCAAAUCCUUACUAGUUGUAGAGAGAAACAGCACUUGAAGCAUCCCGCAUCAAUCUCAUUUUUUAUUCUCCCUACAUUCCCAUCAAUCAACCCCCUACCCCCCACGUUCUGCCGUUUAGCAUGAUAUAGGAGCAGAGUUAGGCCAUUCAGCCCAUCAGGUCUGCUCCACCUUCAAGCGUAGCUGAUUUUUUUUCAACCGCAUUCUCCUCAUAACCUUUAACCCCCUUGCUAAUCCAGAACCAAUCAAUCUCAGCCUUAAAUACACCCAGUGACUUGGCCUCCACUGCCCUCUGUGGCAACAAAUUCCACAGAUUCACCACCCUCUGGCUGAAGAAAUUCCUCCUCAUCUCAACUUUAAAGGGACGUCCCUUUUAUUCUGAGGCUGUGCCCUCAGAUCCUCGACUCUUCCACUGAUGGAAACAUCCUCUCCACGUCCACUCUAUCCAAGCCUUUCUGUAUCCCGUAGGUUUCAAUGAGAUCCCUCCCUCCCCUCAUCCUUCUGAACUCCAUGUCACAUGUCCAGAGACAUCAAACACCCCCAUUUACCCACACACUAGGGGCAAUUUACAGUGGCCAGUUACCCCGCUGACCUUGCAUGGCUUUGGGAUGUGGGAGGAAACACACACACAUACAGCGCCAGAGGUCAGGAUCGAACCCAGGUCUCCGGAGCCGAGAGGCAGCAGUCUUACCCACUGUGCCACAGUACUGCUCAAGUUUUAAGUCUGACUUGGAGAGACUUUGCAAUUGAGAGGGGUGAGAAUGUGGAACUCACUCCCGUGGCAAGGGGAGUUGAAAUAAAGAGCAAGGAGAGGGUUUAAGGGGAAGCUGAAUAAACGCUCAAGGGAAAAAGGAAAGGAAGGCUGAGGUGAUGGAGGGAGGAGCCUCGGGUUGAACGAGAUACCAUGAUGGACCUCCUGCCAUACGGAGGAAGCUGAAUAGGGGUAGAAAUGAAGGGAAUUUGGCAUCUAUGCUGUAAGGCCUGAAGAGGUAACUGGACCACACAAAGUGUCCAACCAGGCAGUGAAGGCUGAGUGCCCAUCUGAUAGAGCUGGACGAUGGACCCAGCAAGGGAGUAGUGGUGUCAACAGUGUUACCAUUGACCACCCCGCCAAUAGGAAGGGGGAAACCAACAGUUAUUCCAGUCCCCUUCCCUCUCUGGAGAGGUUGGGAAGCGACGAUCCAAGUGGUCUGUCGUGUGCUACUUGGCACCCAGUGUUCAAGGAGAAUGGGGUUAGCUUGAGGUAGGGAGGAGGUCCCACAUGUGGAGAACACAUUGAGGAGAACCCCGACUGACAAAGCAACCAAGCAGCUGGAAAUUGGGAGCCGGGACGCACCUUUCUGUCAAACUCCCUCAGGGAAUAUGGUCAUCUUCCCCUGGCUGGCUGCAGUGGGGAACAUCACCCACAGGUCCUCGCCUCUCCUCAGACAUUCCCAGGAUCCUGAAGGAUUGGAGCCUCCGUAAAAAGUGUUUCUGUGCCAGGUUGGUGGUAGUGCCCUUUUUCGGUGUCGGUGUCCUCACAAGCAGAAUUGGAAUUGGUUUAUUAUUGUCACGCGUCCCGAGAUACACCGAUAAGUUUUUGCUUGUGUGCCAUCCAGAUAGAUCAUUCCGUACACAAGUCCAUCGAGUAGUAGUACAAAAAGAAAACAGAUUGCAGAAUAUAGAGUCACAGAGAAAGUGCAGUGCAGGCAGACAAAGUGCAAGGGCCACGACGAGGUAGGUCGGGAGAUCGAGAGUUCAUCUUCUAGCAUGUGAGAGGUCCAUUCAAGACGGUGGGAUGGAAGCUGCCCUUGAGCCUGGCGGUGCGUGCUCUCAGGCUUUUGUAUCUUCUGCCCGACGGGAGAGGGGAGAAAAGAGAAUGGAUAGGAGGGAUCCUUGGUUCUGUCGGACGCUUUCCCGAGGCAGCCGGAAGUGUAGACAGAGUCAGUGGAGGGGAGGCUGGUUUUCAUGAAGGACUGGACUGCGUUCACAGCUCUGCAGUCUCAGGCAGAGCCCUCGUGACCAAAUGCUUUGUCCAGAAGUAGGUUUGUCAGAGGGUCUUAAAGGAGGAACCAAGAGGCGGAGAGGCUUAAGGGGGAAUUCCAGAGCUUGAACUGAAGACGUGGCAGAGCCCAGGAGGGCUGGAAUUAGAGGAGCAAGGAGAUCUUGGAUAGGGUUUAAUCACGGUGAAAGAAUUUGGUUACACCAGCUUCAAAAGAAGAUAAAUUGAUCUAUUGUAAGUAGUUUGUUUUCUCUGGAGCGUCGGAGGCUGAGGGGAGACCUGGUAGAAGUUCAUAAAAUUACGAGAGGCAUAGAUAGGGUAGACAGAGUCUCCUUCCCAGGGUAGAAAUGUCAAGUACUAGAGGGCAUGCAUUUAAGGCGAAGGGGGCAAGUUCUUUUGCACAGGUGCCUGGAAUCGGCUGCCGGGGUGGUGGUGGAAGCAGAUAUGAUGGUAGGGUUCAAGCUUUUACAUGGAGGAAUUUGGACCAUGUGUGGGCAGCAGGGAUUUAGUUUAAUUUGGCAUCGUGUUCGGCACAGACAUGGUGGGCCGAACGGCCUGUUCCUGUGCUGUACUGUUCUAAUGUUUACUUGUCUCCUGGACCCCACUACAAAGGCUGAGCUUGGGAUGUUGCCUUUGAGGGUUUCUUUCACCGUUCUCAGAGCCCUGUCUGCCAACACCAUCAAAACUCUUCACCCGACCUCGAACUACUAGGUUAACAGGCAUUGAUCUCCCCACCGCUGGCCGCACCUCACAAGAGGUGUCUUGAAUCCACCCUCCCAGCUGGGUCAGUGGCUCACGGGAGGGAGUCCCACUCCGGAGGGCUAACCCAGGCCAACAGUCCCCACUGCCAGGACUGGACAGAGUGUCACAGUGUCAGAGGUACUGCCUUCUGGCUGAGAUGCUCAACCCAAAAGGCGGUACCUCUGACACCGUGGCACUCUUCUGCGCUCUGGGUUGGAAGUAAGAGAAGGUUUCACUGGGGAAUGAGCCUGGGUGCUGUCCACUAUGUCCCCUCAACUAACCAGGGUUGUGGGAUCUUACUGUGCCACGUUUCCACCAUUUCAGUUUUUAUUGUGUCGUACUUUAAAGUAGAUGUUGUGAAAGACGUUAUAUAAAUGUAACUACUUCCAUUGUUUGUGCUUUUCUUUCUCAUGUAACCAUUUUGUUUCCCAUGUGCGUGUGACAGUGCAGUGAUCACGUGAAGGACACUUCCAUGUUGUGUAAACGUUCCUCUGUGUGGGAGCAUUGUUUCUGGACUUCAACCACGCCCACCAACCUGUGUUUGUCCGCUGCAGUGCCUUGAACUUUCACAUUAUCACCCCAAUUCACAAAUCCCCAUAUUGUUUAACGUACCUCAUCAGCUCCAACUGUGCUCAGAAAUCUCUGCACUCCCCCACAUCCAGUCCCUAAAUAUCU